AUGAGCGCCGACAUUCUUGCGGGAGGAAAGGCUGCGCCGGACGUUGAGGCGGAACCAAGGGCGGUUCACAACGACAAUGGCGGCGGCCUCGUCACGGUCACUGAGGAGCGGAACCUGCAGCGCGGUCUGCACGAGAGACAUCUUUCUAUGCUGGGUAUCGCAGGCGCUAUUGGAACCGGUCUCUUUCUCGGUCUGGGCCAGUCGGUGCAGACUGGCGGUCCAUUGGGAGCGCUGCUGGGCUAUGCCACCAUCGGACUCGUCGUGUGCGCGGUUCAGUUCGCGCUGGGAGAAGUCGCUGCGUUGAUGCCAGUUACAGGAGCGUUUGUGCGACAUGCCGAGUUUCUGGUUGAUCCGGCUUGGGGCUUCGCCAUCGGGUGGAAUCUCGUCUACGGAAACGUCCUCUCUAUUCCCUCGGAGAUCACAGCCAUCUGUGUGCUGUUCGAGUUCUGGACCGAUCUCAACCCAACGAUAUGGAUCGUCAUCUUCAUCGUUCUGACAACAGUUGUCGGCCUCUGCUUCGUGCGCGUCUUUGGUGAGGUGGAAUACUGGUUCGCCAUUCUCAAGAUCCUUCUCGUUGUCUUCCUCAUCAUCCUGGGUCUGGUCAUCAACCUAGGUGGUGUCCCGGGCACAGAGCGCAUUGGCUUCAGAUACUGGAAGAACCCAGGUCCUUUUGUCGAGUACAUCGCGACUGGAAGCUGGGGCAAGUUCCUGGGCUACUGGUCUGUCAUGACAAGCGCUGUCUUCUCCUUCGCUGGUGUAGAGUCCAUCGCCAUGGCAGCUGCUGAGACGCGAAACCCUCAGCGUGCGAUUCCCAAGGCUUGCAAGAACGUCUUCAUCCGGAUCCUUGUCUUCUACAUCCUGGCCAUUCUCAUUGUCGGUAUGUUGGUCAGGAGUGACGAUGAGAGACUCAACGAUCAGUCUGGCGCUGCAGGCCAAAGUCCUUUCGUCAUUGCAGCAUCCGCAGCCGGUAUCCCUGCCAUCCCAUCUGUUGUCAACGCCGUGGUUAUCACUUCUGCGUGGUCAGCUUCCAACCAGAGUCUUCUUGCGGGUACCCGUGUCCUGUACGGUCUUGCUCUCAAGCGACAGGCGCCCAAGAUCUUCCUCAGAACGACCUCAUGGGGUGUACCUUAUGUCUGUGUUCUCUUCUUUACCUGCUUCAUGUUCCUCAGCUUCAUGAGUUUGUCAAACGGAGCCAUGACUGUGUUCUGGUGGCUGGUCGAUUUGACUGCCGCUGGAGUUCUGGUCUCUUGGUCGUCCAUCUUGUUCAACCAUAUCCGAUUACGCCUAGCGAUGAAGAAGCAAGGCAUCCCUAUUGAGGCCCUUCCCUGGCACAACUCCUGGACUCUCUAUUCGUCAUAUAUCGGAUUAUUCAUGGCCUUACUCAUCCUGUUCACAGGCGGUUUCCGCGUCUUCACCAAGGGUAAUUGGGAUCCUGUAGGAUUUGUAUCAUCAUACCUAGAUAUCCCUCUCGUGAUUGCAGCGUACUUGAUCUGGAAGUUUGUCAAGAAGACAAAGAUCGUUUCGUUGUCCGAGAUACCACUUCGAGACGCUUUCAAGAUGUCGGAAGAGCACCAUGAAGUACUGAGUGCUUGA